AUGGAAAUUUGGUCAUUUUUUUCAAUUACUUUGCUUUUCACUGUUUGGCUAUCUCGGGCCUCUGUUCUCGACCUGAAUACGGCAAACUUUCUAGACGUUUUAAAGGCGCAUGAAUUCGUUCUUGUCAACUUCUAUGCAGAAUGGUGUCGUUUUAGUCGCGAUUUAGCUCCUAUCUUUAUGUCAACCGGUGAAAGUGUCGCCCAGGAAUUUAAAGACGGCAAAGUUGUACUUGGCCGUGUGGAUUGUGAUGACCAGGGUGCCCUCUGCAUGUCACAGGGAGUAUCAAAGUAUCCGACAUUGCGACUUUUUAAGUUUACUCGGCGCUACGGCAGCGAGUAUCGAAAUCAAAGAUCUGUGGAGGCCUUCUUGACCUACCUUCGUGAACAGACGGCGGAUCCUGUAAAAAAACUAAACUCAGCGAUGGAGGUGGGGGGCUUGACAACCCCACGGAACAUGGUGGGCAUCUUUCCCGCCUUCACGAGCGACAAUGCGGCCUACAUGAACUUCUACAUGGCCUCCCACCUCGUCGGUGACUGCACCUUCUAUGGAGUGGCGGACAAGAAUGCCACCGCAUCGGUAAUCAAAUUCCUCCUUAAAAAGUACCCUCCGACUGAAGACGCAAAGCCGCAGCAACUGACACUGGUGAAGGAGGAGCAGGCGACGGUUGAAACGGUGACCGACUUUGAGGCGCUCCGUAGCUGGGCGGUGGAGCGCUGCACGCCCCUGGUGCGUGAGUUGACUUUCGCCAACGCGGAGGAGAUCACCGAGCCACGGCUGCCUCUUCUCAUCCUCUUCUACCCGCCAAACAACUUCACUGCGGCGAUGAGAUUUGGAGUCCUCAUGGAGGAGCACUUUAGCGACCUCAAAGGCCGUUUUGUGCCCUUGGUGGCCAAUGGCGAAGUCUUCUCCCAUCCACUCUUGCACAUGGGCAAGACAAUGCAUGAUCUCCCGCUGAUGGCGAUCGACUCCUUCCAGCACAUGUUCCUCUAUCCAGGGAAUCUGGAUGAAGCCCUGAAGGAUCCCAAGCAUAUCAACCAAUUUCUGGCAGAUCUUGCCUCGGAAAAACUCCAUCGGCAGUUCCAUGGCUUCUUUGAACCUCCGAGUGAAGUGCCGCAGAAACCACCAUCAGAGGAUAAAGAUCGGAAGGCUGAGGAAGCAAAGCAAUCGGCCCCGACUUCAUCGGUUUUCAAACUCCUGACACCUUCCAAAACAAAGAAACUAUCUGCCGGUGGGCUGUCAACAUCAGGGAGGGUUAACCUCGGUCACACAGCGGCUGCGAUUGGGAAUACCGCUAUUCAUGUUGACCUUCGAGAGCAACCGCGACUUUAA